AGAGGGAAAAAGUUACACAAGCGUUUUGUAACACAUGAGUGUACUACGAUUACGCACACAGUUUAUUCCCACUCAUUAUCAAAUCUCUCUACACUGAAUUUGGCGAUCACAGCGACCAAGCGUUAUUUCUAGAUACACGCACACGGCAUUUUUUCUUUUUCUAGAGAACGCCUUAAACCCAUAGCUUCAGAACCAUUGAGCUUUAACGUAAUAGGCAUUUUGAGAUGGUGAGAAAGUAAGCCAGGCGUAUGUACUGACUCGAGCAGUGUGAAGGGUUCAAGCCACCAGAGAGACACCAGAGCGCAGAAAACAUCAUGGAGCUACAUUCAGUCCUGCUGACAACCGGUGCGUCUGUGGGCUUUUUCAGUCUGGUAAAUCGUGGACUUGGUCAAUUCUACGUACCAGAAACGGCUCAGAGGAACAUAUGGAAAUGGAGAAACAUAUCCACAUCUUUCGUUCACAGCCUCAUCACUGGAAUAUGGGCUGUGCUUUGUUUUUAUAUGCAUCCCCAGAUGGCUGAAGAUUUGAUUGGAACACACUCCGUCUUCUCACAUGCUUUGGUGUGUGUAUCAAUUGGAUACUUCAUACAUGACUUCUUUGACAUGGUUUUCAAUCAGAAGAUCAACCAAUCAUGGGAGCUCCUUUUUCAUCAUAUGGUGGUGAUCUCCUGCUUUGGGCUGUCAGUGCUGACAUGUCGCUAUGUGGGAUUUGCGGUUGUGGCUCUGCUUGUGGAGAUCAACUCCAUCUUCCUGCACCUGAGGCAGAUGUUGCGGAUGGCCAGUACUGCCAAGAGCACAGUUUACCGUGUGAACAGCAUGAUCAACCUAGGCACGUAUGUGGUGUUCCGCAUCAACACGCUGGCAUGGAUGACACGCUGGUUGGUGCUGAACCGUGAUCAAAUUCCCCUUUUCAGCUACACGUUGGGCAGCGUCGGUCUGGCCAUCAUGACCCUCAUGAACAUUGUUCUUUUCUACCGGUUACUUCGUACUGACUUCCUCAAGUCCAGCCGUGAAAAAGAGGUCAAGAAAGACAAGGACAUGUAAUAGGACAGGAAAGCACUCUUGUCUGUAUCUGAACUACAUUAACUUCACCCAGAGCCUCACGUUCCACAACUUGCAGAUGCCGGCAUCUGUGUAUUCCCAGCUUUCUGAUGAAAUUCCUCUUUAAAAUCCUAUGCUCUUUAGAAGUGUAAUUAGCUAGGAGAAUUACACCAAAAGUUUGUAAACGGCUUGUGGUGAAUAUCUGGUAAAUCUACUUAAACAAUUGUUGGAAUUAAUGGUGUCUGAUUGUAGAAAUGAUGGCAGGAGUGCAGAAAUUUCUGUCCCUAAUUAAACUGCACCAUCGCAAAUUUCCUACUAAAUUCAUUGACUAAUGAUUGACUUAAAAAUCUAAACACACCAAUACA